AUGUCUUCAAGAGCAGCCUCCACUGGCUCUUCUUCAAAACCAGGAACAGCAAAUAGUAAUCGAAGAGGAGGAAAUGAAUUGACUUCUCCGAGGGGAGCAAACAAUGUGGGAGGAUCCGAUUCGGGACCCAUUGGCGGAUUUGCCAAUCGAGAAGAAAUGAUCGCCUAUUUCUCUAAGGAAAAAAUCACUCCUAAUUUAUCACCUCUUUCCGAUUAUACCUUCAUUCAUGGAUGCAUGAAUAAAAAGGAGAGUGAGUUAUUGGAAUAUUUGAGCAAGCAAUUGGGAGUUGUGGAUUAUUUAGUUGAUUUGAGAUCUUCCAUCUAUCUGGAUUCAUUAUGUCAUUACAUUGCUUUUUGCAAGGAGCAUUCCUUUUCAACAAGACAAACGAUCGAAUUUAUCAAUCUCAUGGAAACAUUAAGGAAAGGAUGUCUCUCUAAUGAAAGUGCUAACAUUCCAAUCAAUCAGUCCUCAUUAACAACGACGCCCAAAUUUGCAUCUGAGCUCGAAUUACAGGAAUAUAUAAAAACAAAACUCUUUGAAAUGAGCAAGCCAUUGUCACUAGAGCAAGUUUCUGAUCUUGAAAAACAAAUCCAAGAAGAAGAACGAAAACUAGAGGAAGAGCGUCUCAAACAGGAAAAGGACAAGAAGAAAAAACCACCCAGUUCAUCCAGCUCUUCCAAGAAAAUGACAAAGGAGGAAGAGGAAGAAUUUAUGAGAAAGCAAGAAGAAGAGCAACGUCUCGCAGAAGAGAAAGCCAUGAUUGAAAAGAAAAGAAAGGAAGAAUACAGAAGCAAACUUCCACUAUUCAAUAUUGAUGAUGUUGCCAUUGUUUCUGAUUUCAUUCUGAAAACUGUGGUGCAGCAUUAUCACCUGUACAAGUAUGUCUAUGAAGAAAAUCAGCCCGUGAAAGAAUAUGAUUACAAGGUCAGUGUUAAUUCCAUCAUGAUUGAUUGUGUGUAUCCUCUUUCUGCCAUGUUGCAAGAUGUUGCCUAUAUUCAAAAGAAAGAGGAUGAACGAAGGGCUCUCGAGGAAGCAGAAGCUCGAAGACGUCAAGCGGAAGAGGAAGAACGUCUGCGACUUGAAAACGAAGCUAGAGAACGCUAUGAAAAGGAAAAGGCAGAGAGAAGUGCUCCCAAGUUGACGGAUGAAAAUUUGAAAGAAAUUGCAGAAUAUCUCAAACAUGAAGUCAUGACCGAAUUGGAGGAUAAAGUUUCAGUGGUUGAAACACGAGUGAAAGCUACAGAAGAAACGGCCAUGUCACUUCCUACACCUCAAAAGAGCAAUAGCAGACCUCAAUCUUCAGCAAAAACAAAAUAG